CAAUUCUCUCCUUGUUAAUUGUGCUGUACAUUGAAUUCGGCUUCUCUUUUCCUUCCCCAUCUUUGCAUCGGAAGCAGGUGAGUGAAUUGGAAGCUGGAUGGUUGUCUAGUCGUCAACAGCUGACUGAGACAAGAGAGCAGUUGAUCAAAACGGAGGAAGUGUUGGAUGUGCAUAGAUUGCGCCUUUUACGUGCAGAGUUUGAGAAAAAUGAGUUAAGUACACCUUUAGAAUUGAUUGGGAAGAACAGUGAAGUUGGUCGUCGAAGCAUUCGGUCAAACUCAGAUGUUGGCAGCGAUUUAUCAAGAGUAUGCCGUCGUAGAGGUGUCGAAGCGACAGCAAAUCAGGAUUCGAAAUCGGUAUGUGAAAGUUUGCUGAACCUGGUUGACAAGGAUGGUGCAAUAAAGGAAGGUGAGAAAAGAAGUGUAGUGGGUGACGAAAUGUCUACAACUAAUAAAGCUAUUAAGAAUGCAACCUGCGAUGUUGCUGUGCAAAUGUGUUCAUCAAACGAAUGGCCUUCCCUCGUCAAGGCGAUUGGUCCCGUUAAUCGAGAAACAUUGAGGAACAUUGCUUGCUAUGUAGUGUCAAGUUCUAUGAGUUAUCAUUGUAGUUCAGUUCCUCCUCCUGAUGGGGAAGAAGCGAAACUGGUGAGAAUAAUCGUUCAUAAAAGAGCCAGACAUCACCAGUAUCAGGUGGAUCCGAACGCAGGAAGUACAGAUAAUAUGGAAGGUACGGAAUUAUUCGAUUAUACUCUGCACGCAAGUCAGUCGGAGAGGUGAUCAGACGACAGCCAGACUCAGAAACUAUCUCUUCACAAACCGCUUCUUCAAUCGAAUCACCGUGUGUACCAGAAACCCCAGAAUAUCUGUUGAAUUCAGUCACUCUCUCCCGAACUCGCAGCACUCAUGAGUUAGCCACAGUUCCACUCGAAAUAAGAUCUGGGAAGAGGUCAUCUCUUGCUCAUUCCGUGACUACUUCCUUCUUGUCACGUAACCCAGUUCCAAUAAUUGACAAGAGAACUGACCACAAGCAUAAAACCUCAGUGGCUAAACGACUACAUAUGCGUUUGAAACAUGCUGUGUCUCAUGAUUCAGAAAUGAAGGUUGCUCGCUUCGUAGAAGCCUAUCCAGCAGUAAAGGAUACUUCAAGAGACACAGUUUUGAGCGAUGAGAAAUCUGAGAAGUCUGUUUGGCGUAAAGUAUGGACAAAGAAGAAAAAGUGAAAUAUGAAAUUUGGAUUUGAUUGCACUACAUACACACAUUUUUUUUGUACAGUUAACAGCUUUACAUUACUCAUUUCUUCACUUGCUAAAUUUGCAGUUAGAUUUUUGCAUAUUGUAUACUUUUAUCUCGUUGAUAACUCCAAGAUGGAAGUGAGGAUGAAUCGAAUGUCUCAGGGUUGUUGGGUGCUGUUUUUGCCUGCUCUAUUGUAACUGCACAUGAUCUUUCCUUGUACACAUCGAUCAUUUCAUAUAUGCCAUUCUUCUGAGCCUGAAAGUAAAUUUGGUACAUGUUAAUAUGCAUAAUAUAAACGAGAUUAUGAACGA